AUGGUUUACGACUACCAAAAAACCGAUAUCCAAGUUUACGAUGCUGUGGUUCGUGAUGAAUGGGAUAGCAUAAGUAAAAUCUUUCAAAAACAUCCAGAACUACGAACCAAGCCAAUCAGUUGGCAGAAGGAGACGCCACUAAUGAUAGCCGUCGGAACGAAUCAAUCCCAUCGUUUUGUCCGAAAUCUGCUUGACAGUCUUUCUAACGAUCUUGACUCGAUCAAUGAUGCGAUUGAAGCAAAGAACGAAGAAGGUGACACGGCCCUCCAUUACGCUACUAAGAUUGGGAAUAUGAUCGAUGCAAAAUUAUUGCUCUCAUAUUCUACCAAACCUACAGAGAUAGCCUUGCAGGAGAAUAACAAAGGAGUUACACCGUUGUUCUAUGCUGCCUCGUACGGUAGGAAGAAGGAAAUGCUUGAAUACUUGUAUUCGUUGGUGAGUGCUUUUUUAAGCCCUUCCAAAUCAAGAAUUCAGACUCAAACGUUGCUUGCCGGCCCUCUACUUAAUAACGCCAUUGAUGCUGGAUUCCCCGGCAUAGCAUUAAAUCUACUGGAUGUGUACUCAAAGGGCGUCCUAGUCAGCAAACCAUAUGACUUACAAAAAGCUUUGAGAGAACUGGCUAGCAGACCACAACUUUUUCAUAGCGAACGCAAACUUGGAUUUUUGGAUGUUCUCAUUUAUAAAUUGUUAUAUGUGGACGAGAAGCAUAGUAAACUCACGACAUCUGUUGAUGAGAAGAGGACAAGAAAACGAUAUGCUCAUGAUGUGGAAGCUGUAUACGCUGGAAAUGAAUUAUCCUACUAUAACUACAAAUGGACAUCUAUUACAACAUGGAUUAAGAGGAUGUUCCGAUACCUAGCUUCACCAAUCAAAAAAAUCUAUGAUUUGAAGCUAACACACAAACAAAGCCAGCAACUUUUAGACCGCAUCUGCGAAAUGGUGAAAGAAAAGGACAACCAUGACGUUGCUUCGGCGUUCUUUUCAUCCACAAUAUUUAUGGCCGUAGAAUCUGUGAACUAUGAGGUACUUAAGAAGUGUAUAGCAACAUACCCAAGCCUUAUUUGGUCUGAGUAUUGUUCCGAUUUCGAACACCGUCAUAUGUUCUACGAAGCCAUCAAGCAACGCCAAGAACAAGUAUAUGAUCUUGUCUACGAAAUGAAUAGCUACAAGGGAGUCGUAUUAAAUCAAAUUGAUAACAAAACAAAAGAGAACGUAUUACAUAUUGCUGCAAAGUUGGCCCCACCUCAUCGACUCAAUACUAUAACCGGUGCAGCUCUACAAAUGCAGCGUGAGCUUAAAUGGUUUGAGGAAAUUGAAGCUUUUGUAGAACCUUCAUUGAGAGAUGGUCGUAACAAAGACAAUAAAACUCCUAGAAUGCUUUUUACUGAAGAGCAUAAAGAAUUGCUUAAAGAAGGGAAAGAAUGGAUGAAAGACACUGCAUCUGCAAGUAGCGUUGUAGCAACACUCAUAGUGACAAUGGCUUUUGCAGCUGUCUUCACGCUCCCAGGAAUACUUACUUCACGCUAUGGAGAAGCAGACUUCCUUCAUGUGUUGCCAAGGAGAUUGAUGGGUGGACUUUUCACCUUGUUCGUGUCAUUAGCAGCUACCAUGAUCACAUUCAGUGCAACUCUUGCACUUUUGCUUCAAGAUAAAUGCAACUGGAUUGCAAUUCCUCUUGUUAUAAUAACAAGUAUUCCAGUGGGUCUGUUUGCCAUAAUACAAUUCCCUCUGCUCAUUGAGCUAUUCUGCGCCACAUACGGAUCAGCUUUCUUUCGCAAGCGUUACAAGAAAGUGAUUGAUUAGGUGCAACACAAUUAAUGUGUGUGUGUGUGUGUGCAUGUGUGUUUGUAGUAGGCAAUUCAAGAUGUUAGAAUGCAUUAAUUCUAGCCCAAUUAACCUAAAACUUUUUUUUAUUUGAAUAAGGUCAGUUUGUGAUCUAAUUUGCCCAAAAAUAUUGAUUGAAAGCUCAAAUGUAACAUUAGAG